AUCUGCUCGUAAACAAGAAGUGACGUCGGUGAAAUGCGACACGAAGGACUGAAAAGCGGCGUAUCGGCUCGUUUAAUGUUUUCAAUCAUUCGUUCGUCGAAUAUUUUUUAGAACUGGAAUUUUACCUCUGCUUUUUCUUGUGUUCUCAUACGAAUAAAGUCGGUUCUCGAACGGUAGAAAGAUAAUGAAGGUUUGACUCUCUGUUGCUUUGCUAACGUUAGCAAAUACACAAUUAACUCCUUGAUUCGUUUGACAGUUUGUAUUUGGAAUAAAAUAUGACAACUCUAACAAGACAAGACCUUAAUUUUGGACAAGUGGUUGCUGACAUCCUCUGUGAAUUCCUUGAGGUCGCUAUUCAUCUUAUCCUGUAUGUCCGCGAAGUUUAUCCCUCUGGAAUAUUCCAGAAGAGAAAGAAAUACAACGUACCUGUGCAGAUGUCAUGCCACCCAGAGCUAAAUCAGUAUAUUCAAGACACACUACACUGUGUGAAGCCACUCAUUGAAAAGAAUGAUGCAGAGAAGGUGGUAGUUGUCAUCAUGGACAAAGAGCAUCAUCCAGUGGAGAGAUUUGUGUUUGAGAUUUCCCAACCUCCGCUACUGUCCAUCAGCUCAGACACUUUACUCUCACAUGUAGAGCAGCUGCUGAGGGCAUUCAUCCUGAAAAUCAGUGUGUGUGACGCUGUUUUAAAUAAUAACCCACCAGGGUGUUCCUUCACAGUACUUGUACAUACCAGAGAUUCUGCCACCCGCAACAUGGAGAAAGUUCAAGUCAUCAAGGAUUUUCCAUGGAUAGUUGCUGAUGAGCAGGAAGUUCACAUGCAGGAGCCAAGACUCAUCCCACUGAAGACCAUGACAUCUGACAUCGUAAAAAUGCAGCUCUACGUUGAGGAGAGAGCCCAGAAAACAUAGGUGUUACAUCUGCAGCAACAGUGAACCAUGAACAGUGUCCAUAAUGUAGCCAGUCAACCGUCAGAGAGAAAGAUGAGUGUGUGUGUUUGUGUGUGUGAUGGGUGAGAGUGAACUGUUGCUACUCAAACACAGUUUGAAUUUCAUAAAAUGCAAAUUGUAGUUGGGUUGGACUGUUACAUUUGUUGUCUAACCAUUAUUUAAGCACAUAUUGCAUUUGAAUGUAGAUUUACUAAAUCAUCUAAAUGUCAACAAAACAUCCAGAGGAAGUAAACAUCCUGUGGUACCCACUUGUAUCAGUUGAACCCCGACUCAGUUGUGUUGCACACCUAUGGAAAAAAAUACUCAUACAGUAACUGUUGUUCUCAACGCCUUAAACCAUCUCGCUCUGUUUGAGGUGUGGUUUCAUAAAUGACAACAUUGACACAAGUGUCAAAGCUGUGAUGUGUUAUGUUUACAUAGAGUUCCUGUGGAAAACAAGGAUCCCUAUUUGUUUUCAUGUAUACUUUUGCAAACAUCAUUAAUGUUUCCUCCAUUUUAGUCUGAUAUCAUGUAAAAACAUUAUUAAACUUUUAGAAAAAAAUGUCUUUAAAGCAUCUGCUCUACAAAUCUCUUUUAUUCAAUCUUAUAGGUGCAAAUCCUGUUUUACCUUAGCCUCUCGAAAUAUAUAUGCUAUUUCUUUCAGAAAACUAGUUCAGUAUUUUUUUGUGUAAUUCUGUUAAAAAAUAUUAUAAAAGCUAAGAAACUUUUCUCUGCAAUGUUUUGGUAAGGUGUUCCACACGGGUCUGGCAGGUGAUUUUGGAACCAGAUUCACAGAUAUUUAUAGGAAUUGACCAUUUCAAUUGUUAUGUCGUAGGGUGCAUACUGGGACAGUUAUUGGAAUGAGAGCUUCUAUUUAGUCUUAUUAGAAUUUAAGAUGGGCUUCAGACUGUUGGAAUUGAUCAAAUACAGUCUGCAGGUGUGAUACAAUGUUGUUUAUGUAGAGCUUGAACAGUGGUGGACCUAAGAUUGACCCCUGUGGAACACCUUUACCAAUUGUGAGGAGGUUGGGUCUCAGUGUUGGCUUGUAAUAUUGAAAAGCUCACACCAGACUGGUCAACAGGAUUUUACCCGAACCUAAAACCAAUGACAGUUGCAUGAAGAUAAUGUUUAAUAUAACAUUUGUGCAUUAAACAAAAUCUAUAUUGA